AUGCCUGGUCCAACUUCUCGCAAUCCACGUACUGCCGUGCUCUCCAUCGAGGAUAUCAAAAGUCUGAUUGCGAAAGGGUCGACGAUUGUGAUUUUCAAGCAGAAGGUCUUGAACCUCGACUCGUGGCUACCAUUCCAUCCUGGUGGUGCGAAAAUAGUCCUCCAUGUGGUGGGAAAAGAUGCCACCGAUGAGAUCAAUGCGUUCCAUUCACCGGGCGCCAUAAGCUUAAUGCAAAGAUUCCAGAUUGGAACCAUCGAAGGUACAUGGGACAACCUCCUUCCACCAAUCCAGGGCGGGAGCUAUCAGGAUAGGGAUGGUGUCCUCUUGGACGACAAAGGCUCAGACAUGUCAACAGACAGCCCCUGCAUGCUAUCGGAUGUUGCAUCUCUUCCAGACUCGCCGACUUGUCAUAAACGAUGCCUCGCCUCUGACAGUGACGAUGAUCUGAAGCCAUCCACAACAUCCAAUUCACAGGACCCACUGGUUGACGAGAAGGAACAUUCAAUGUCACUUAUCGAUCUUGGGAACAAAACUCGGGUCACGCUGGAUCCUUCCAUGUAUCCCGCUGCAGGGACCGAGAUCCAGAGCGACGUUGCGAUCAAAUAUCGACUCUUGGAUCAACGGCUUCACGACCAAGGUCUGUAUCAAUGCCACUACAGCGCUUAUGGUAUCGAGGCCGCUCGGUGCACUGUCAUCUUCUUUGCCAUGACUUUCGCCGUCUACCAUGGGUGGGUUCUGAUCGGGGGUGUUUUUCUCGGGCUAUUUUGGCACCAAAUGGUCUUCAUCGCCCACGAUGCGGGCCAUAGCGGAAUCACGCACAAUUUCACCAUCGACUCGGUUAUCGCAAUGACAGUCGGCAGCCACAUUGGAGGCCUCUCCAUGGGUUGGUGGAAGAAGAGCCACAACAUCCAUCACGUCGCCACCAAUGCCCCAGAGCACGAUCCUGAUAUCCAACAUCUUCCUUUCUUCGCCGUCUCCCUCCGCUUCAUGAACUCGAUCUAUUCGACCUACUACGAGCGGAUCAUGAGUCACACGCGUGUCUCGAAGUUCUUGCUGAGAUACCAGGCAUACUAUUACUACGCCGGCCUCACGCUCGGUCGCUUCAACCUGUAUGUCCUUUCAUGGCAGCAUCUUCUCCAAGGAGGCAGGAAAGGCCGAACCUGGUGGUACCCAUGGUUCGAGCUCUCCGGGCACAUUUUCUUCUGGACGUGGUUCGGGUAUUUCCUCGUCUACAGAUCCAUCCAGACGGCUUGGAGUCGUUUCGGUUUCGUCAUGGUCAGCCAUAUGACCACGAUGCCCCUCCAUGUCCAGUUCACUCUGUCGCAUUUUGCAAUGAGCACGGCCAGCCUCGGGCCGCAGGAAAGCUUCCCACAGAGAAUGCUUCGUACCACCAUGGACGUCGACUGUCCGCCGUGGCUGGACUUCCUGCAUGGCGGGUUACAGUUUCAGGCUGUCCACCAUCUCUUCCCCCGUCUCCCGAGACAUAAUCUUCGGCGGGCCCAGAAGUUGGUUCGUGAUUUCUGCCUUGACGUCGGGAUACCCUUUGCGGUCUACGGUGUCGUGGAUAGCAACAAGGUCGUUCUGGGCCAUCUCGAUGACAUUGGGCGACAGGUGGCAAUCAUGGAGAAAUGCAGAGACGUCAUUAUGCAAACUGACCAUGCUGUCAGAGAGUGA